GCGGACGGAGGGGGCGGCGGGUGGACGUUUGCUUUUGGGAGGCUGGGGGCCGUUCCCAUCCCCGACGCCCGGGUGAUCCCGAGCCUGCCUCGGGGCUGGGGCCCGCCCCCGACACCGUCUGAGCCGUCAUGCGCGGCGCACCACCCUCUCCAGUGGACCGAACUGGAAAGGGCGGGAGAGCUUUCCUUCGGGGCUCACGAAUUGCGGUCCCGGCCCCAGGACCCCGAAGCUGCCCAAUGGCUCACGCCCCAGGCCCUUACCCUUACACCGCCUUCCCUGACUUUCGGGUCGCAGUCACCCCCGCGGUAGAGGAGGGUCACGGCCCUCCUGGUAAAACGGAUGUAAAUAGAAGGGGGACUCAUGUCCAGGACUGGGGGACAGCCCCGAUGACCUCGCAGCUCCACGGCUCCAUUGGCCAGAUUUCCAGGACCAGGACUGAAGCCUCACUCCCCCGGCUUUGCUGCUCAUAGUGAGGUCUCCCUGCCUGGUGCUCCUGCGAGCCAUGGCGGUCCCAUUCCCCAACCCUCUUUCCAGUGGUGACCCAGGCCUCUGGGGUUCAGGGUGACCACAAGGUCUCCCCCACUCUGCAGUCCAGGUCCAGAUGGCCUGGCUCUAGAGCUCCCCACUCCAGCCAGAGUCCCUGUUUCCCCAAAGAGAAGGGCCCACCCCGGCUCCCGCUCACUCCUCCUCCUGCCUCUGCAGCUUCCCCGGGCCCUGUCUGGACAGGCCUGCCUGCGUGCUGGGACAUGUCUGGCCUCCAAGGACCGUCGGUGGGCGAUGGCUGCAACGGUGGAGGGGCCAGAGCUGGAGGCAGCUGCUGCCGCAGGAGAUGCUUCGGAGGAUUCGGAUGCAGGGUCCAGGGCGCUGCCUUUCCUGGGCAGCAACCGGCUGAGCUUGGACCUGUACCCCAGGGGCUGCCAGCAGCUGCUGCACCUGUGUGUCCAGCAGCCUCUUCAGCUGCUGCAGGUGGAAUUCUUGCGUCUGAGCACUCACGAGGACCCUCAGCUGCUGGAGGCCACCCUGGCCCAGCUGCCUCAGAGCCUGUCCUGCCUCCGCUCCCUGGUCCUCAAAGGAGGGCAACGCCGGGACACACUGGGUGCCUGUCUCCGGGGUGCCCUGACCAACCUGCCUGCUGGUCUGAGUGGCCUGGCCCAUCUGGCCCACCUGGACCUGAGCUUCAACAGCCUGGAGACACUGCCGGCCUGUGUCCUGCGGAUGCGAGGUCUGGGUGCACUCUUGCUGUCUCACAACUGCCUCUCUGAGCUGCCUGAGGCUCUGGGGGCCAUCCCCGCCCUCACUUUCCUCGCGGUGACACACAACCGCCUGCAGACGCUGCCCCCAGCACUGGGGGCCCUAUCCACCCUGCAGCGCCUCGAUCUUUCUCAGAACCUGCUGGACACGCUACCUCCUGAGAUUGGAGGCCUGGGCAGCCUCCUGGAGCUCAACCUAGCCUCCAACCGGCUGCAGAGCCUCCCGGCCUCUCUAGCGGGACUUCGGUCCUUGCGGCUCCUUGUCCUGCACAGCAACCUCCUGGCCUCUGUGCCAGCUGGCCUGGCCCGCCUCCCGUUCCUCACCCGGCUUGACCUGAGGGACAAUCAGCUCCGGGACCUGCCCCCUGAGCUGCUAGACGCCCCCUUCGUGCGCCUGCAGGGGAACCCCCUGGGCGAGGCCUCGCCAGGCGCCCCGAGUUCACCAGUGGCAGCCCUCAUUCCAGAAAUGCCCAGACUGUUCCUGACCUCAGAUUUGGACAGCUUUCCUGUGACCCCUCGAGGCUGCUCAGUGACCCUGGCCUGUGGCGUCCGCCUGCAGUUCCCAGCGGGAGCCACUGCCACCCCCAUCACCAUCCGCUAUCGGCUGCUGCUGCCAGAGCCAGGCCUCGUCCCCCUGGGUCCUCAUGAUGCCCUGCUCAGCCAUGUGCUAGAGCUGCAGCCCCACGGUGUGGCCUUCCAGCAGGAUGUGGGGCUGUGGCUGCUCUUCACCCCACCGCGGGCCCGGCGCUGCCGUGAAGUGGUGGUCAGGACCCGGAAUGACAACAGCUGGGGUGACCUGGAGACCUACCUGGAGGAAGAGGCACCCCAGGUGAGGGCCACCCAGGCCUGCCACUGGCGAGUGGAGAGCCGCUGCCCUGAGCUGUACACCCCUGCCCAGAGCCUCGCCCUGGCACCUUCCACCCCGCCCCGUCCCUCCUGGAUCCUGCUCCCCUGUGUCCCUGGCACCUUCCACCCACCCCGUCCCUCCUGGAUCCUGCUCCCCUGUGUCCCUGGCACCUUCCACCCACCCCGUCCCUCCUGGAUCCUGCUCCCCUGUGUCCCUGGCACCUUCCACCCACCCCGUCCCUCCUGGAUCCUGCUCCCCUGUGUCCCUGGCACCUUCCACCCGCCCCAUCUCUCCUGGAUCCUGCUCCCUGUGUCCCUGGCAUCUUCCACCCGCCCCGUCUCUCCUGGAUUCUGCUUCCUGUGUCCCUGGCAUCUUCCACCCACCCCGUCUCUCCUGGAUCCUGCUCCCUGUGUCCCUGGCAUCUUCCACCCUGCCCUGUCCCUCUUGGAUCCUGCUCCCUGUGUCCCUGGCACCUUCCACCUGCCCCGUCCCUCCUGGAUCCUGCUCCCCUGUGUCCCUGGCUGGCUGUGCCCUGACCCAGGCUCCUCUGACCUCCCCGCUCCCCCGUCCCAGCGGCUCUGGGCUCACUGCCAGGCGCCCCACUUCUCCUGGUUCCUUGUGGUUUCCCGCCCUGUGUCCAAUGCCUGCCUGGUGCCACCAGAGGGGACACUGCUGUGCUCCUCGGGUCAUCCUGGGGUCAAAGUCAUCUUCCCCCCUGGGGCCACUGAGGAGCCUCGUCGAGUCUCCAUGCAGGUGGUGCGCAUGGCUGGCCGAGAGCUGCAGGCCCUCCUGGGAGAACCAGAGGCUGCAGUGAGCCCCCUGCUGUGCCUCUCACAGAACGGUCCCCCCAGCUUCCUCCGACCGGUCACCGUGCAGCUGCCUCUGCCCUCCGGCAUCACAGGCCUCAGUCUGGACCGCUCCCGCCUGCACCUGUUGUACUGGGCCCCUCCUGCAGCCACCUGGGAUGACAUCACAGCUCAGGUGGGCCUGGAGCUCACCCACCUGUAUGCACGCUUCCAGGUCACACACUUCUCCUGGUACUGGCUCUGGUACACCACCAAGAACUGCGUGGGAGGCCUGGCUCGGAAGGCCUGGGAGCGGCUGCGGCUGCACCGUGUGAACCUCAUCGCUCUGCAGCGGCGCCGGGACCCUGAGCAGGUCCUGCUGCAGUGCCUGCCCCGAAACAAGGUGGACGCCACCCUUCGGCGGCUGCUGGAGCGGUACCGGGGCCCUGAGCCCUCUGACACGGUGGAGAUGUUCGAGGGCGAAGAGUUCUUUGCGGCCUUUGAGCGCGGCAUCGACGUGGAUGCUGACCGCCCUGACUGUGUGGAGGGCAGAAUCUGCUUUGUCUUCUACUCGCACCUGAAGAAUGUGAAGGAGGUAUACGUGACUACCGCCCUGGACCGGGAGGCUCAGGCUGUGCGGGGCCAGGUGUCCUUCUACCGUGGUGCAGUGCCCGUACAGGUGCCCGAGGAGGCUGAGGCUGCCCGGCAGAGGAAGGGCGCGGACGCCCUGUGGAUGGCCACUCUGCCCAUCAAGCUGCCGAGACUUCGGGGGUCCGAGGGGCCACGGCGGGGGGCUGGCCUCUCCUUGGCACCCUUGAACCUGGGAGAUGCUGAGACCGGCUUUCUGACGCAGAGCAACCUGCUGAGUGUGGCUGGGCGCCUGGGUCCGGACUGGCCAGCCGUGGCCCUGCACCUGGGCGUGUCCUACCGCGAGCUGCAGCGCAUCCGGCACGAGUUCCGGGAUGAUCUGGAUGGGCAGAUCCGCCACAUGCUCUUCUCCUGGGCUGAGCGCCAGGCUGGGCAGCCGGGGGCUGUGGGGCUCCUGGUGCAGGCCCUGGAGCAGAGUGACCGGCAGGACGUGGCUGAAGAGGUGCGCGCAGUCUUGGAGCUUGGCCGCCGCAAGUACCAGGACGGCAUCCAACGCACGGGCUUGGCCCCCAAGGACUCCGCUCUGCCUGGCUCCUCAGCUCCACAGCCCCCAGAGCCUGCCCAGGCCUAGGCUCCACAGACUUUAGGCUGGCCCAGAUAUUCCCCAGUGGAUGGACAGAGCCCCCACCUUCAAGUCUCUCCAGUGUAUGGGGACAGGUCCCUGUGAGCAACAAAACUGCACUGUUUCUUUGA